UCAACUGUCCGAGCGUUGGCCAAAUCUCUCUCACUUCCACAGGUUUCUCUCUCCGGCCAAAUCUAACCUCCGGGGAACGUCGUUGGUCACUUAUCACCGGUUAGAAUUUCCUUCCCGCUUUAUCCCGUAAACUUUUUUCCCAUUGAUUCCGAUCGUUUAUGUUCCUUCACCAAAUCGAUAAAGUUUGAUCUUUUUCCUUUUCACUAUUAUUAACAGACCAAUCUGUUUACACAAGAAAUCUACAGUAACUUAUCACUUGAAAAGUUUUGAUAAAUAGUUAGUAUAAUAAUUUGUUAAUUGUGUGUGUAAAUUUGAUUUCUUGAUUGUGUGUGAAUUGUGAUGAAGAGGGAAAACAAAAAAUGGCGACUUUGGUUGAUCCUCCUAAUGGGAUAAGGAAUGAAGGGAAGCAUUACUUCUCAAUGUGGCAAACUCUGUUCGAGAUCGACACUAAGUACAUGCCUAUCAAGCCUAUUGGUCGUGGAGCUUACGGUGUUGUCUGCUCCUCUGUUAACAGUGACACCAACGAGAAAGUUGCUAUCAAGAAGAUUCACAAUGUUUAUGAGAAUAGGAUCGAUGCGUUGAGGACUCUUCGGGAGCUCAAGCUUCUACGCCAUCUUCGACAUGAGAAUGUCAUUGCUUUGAAAGAUGUCAUGAUGCCAAUUCAUAAGAUGAGCUUCAAGGAUGUUUAUCUUGUUUAUGAGCUCAUGGACACUGAUCUCCACCAGAUUAUCAAGUCUUCUCAAGUUCUUAGUAACGAUCAUUGCCAAUACUUCUUGUUCCAGUUGCUUCGAGGGCUCAAGUAUAUUCAUUCAGCCAAUAUCCUGCACCGAGAUUUGAAACCUGGUAACCUUCUUGUCAACGCAAACUGCGAUUUAAAGAUAUGCGAUUUUGGACUAGCGCGUGCGAGCAACACCAAGGGUCAGUUCAUGACUGAAUAUGUUGUGACUCGUUGGUACCGAGCCCCAGAGCUUCUCCUCUGUUGUGACAACUAUGGAACAUCCAUUGAUGUUUGGUCUGUUGGUUGCAUUUUCGCCGAGCUUCUUGGUAGGAAACCGAUAUUCCAAGGAACGGAAUGUCUUAACCAGCUGAAGCUCAUUGUCAACAUUCUCGGAAGCCAAAGAGAAGAAGAUCUUGAGUUCAUAGAUAACCCGAAAGCUAAAAGAUACAUUAGAUCACUUCCGUACUCACCUGGGAUGUCUUUAUCCAGACUUUACCCGGGCGCUCAUGUUUUGGCCAUCGACCUUCUGCAGAAAAUGCUUGUUUUUGAUCCGUCAAAGAGGAUUAGUGUCUCUGAAGCACUCCAGCAUCCAUACAUGGCGCCUCUAUAUGACCCGAAUGCAAACCCUCCUGCUCAAGUUCCUAUCGAUCUCGAUGUAGAUGAGGAUUUGAGAGAGGAGAUGAUAAGAGAAAUGAUGUGGAAUGAGAUGCUUCACUACCAUCCACAAGCUUCAACCUUAAACACUGAGCUCUGAGCUCAAGUCUUGUUUGUACGGGUAAUUUACAGAAAACUUCUUCUUCUUAUGUCUGAUUGUCAUCAUAGACUCAUAGUGUAUAUAGUCUUGAAAAAUAAGAUGAAGACUAACUUAUAGUUUAAGCGAAUAGUGAUGCCAUGGAAGCUCUGUUUUAUUUAAUUACAAGCUUGAUGUGUGUCUGUAACAUAUGUACAUAGAGAGAGCUGUUUUUUUUUUUUAAUUACAAGUUUGAUGUGUGUCUGUAACAUAUGUACAUAGAAAGAGCUGUGUUUUUUUUUUAAUUACAAGCUUGAUGUGUGUCUGUAACAUAUGUUCAUAGAGAGAGCUGUGUUUCUGUUUCUCUGUUUGUUUGUUGCGUUCUUGCAGAACUUUUAACCCUCUCAUGCAAUCCAAGCCUUUUGAUG